AUGAAGCUCAGCUCAAGGGAUAAUACUUUUGGAGAUGAUUCCGAUGAAUAUGUCUCAGAAUCCAUUGGAGUAAUGACCAAUAUAUUUGUCAAGCCUCGUCCUCCACUCAAUACCGCUACGUCACAGAAGCCUUCAACAGAACUGACUGCAUCUUUAUCAAAUUCCACCAAUCUUCCUUCAAAAGAACAUAAAUCUAUAGCUGGUUCUGGACAUUCUUCAGUUAACAUUAAGAUUCUUGAAGCCAAAGUUGAUCUUCUCUUAGAACAUCUUGCCAAGCCGCCCUUGGCUCUAAUUCCUCCAGUGGCUUCAUCAAUAACCGCAGAAGAUCUUGAAAAAGCUCUUCAGAAGGUUCUUUCUGAAUCCUCUGUUCAGCCAGAUUCUCGCCUCAGGCGUCUUGAAGAUUUCUAA